AUGGCGGAAGCCCUGACAACUCAGGAGCAGCUGGCUGUGGAGGAGUUCCUGAGUGAAGUGCGUAGCAGGGAGCAGCCACACAGUGCUGGGCUCGUCUCCCAACCUACAGCUGUUAAGUUCCUUAUGGCCCGCAAGUUUGACGUCUCCAGAGCCAUUGACCUCUUUCAAGCAUACAAGAAUACAAGAAUCAAAGAGGGAAUCAUCAAUAUCAACCCUGACGAGGAGCCCUUACGCUCUGAGCUGCUGAGUGGCAAAUUCACAGUCCUGCCUGGUCGUGAUGCAAAGGGUGCUGCUCUAGCACUCUUCACAGCUCGCCUCCAUAGGCCAGACGUCACUACGCACAAAGCUGUGCUGCAGGCCAUCAUCUAUCAGCUGGACAAAGCCAUAGAAAGUGUGCAAACUCAGCGGGACGGACUCAUAUUUAUCUACGACAUGACCAACUCUAGCUAUGGAAAUUUUGAUUAUGAGCUCUGUGUCAAGAUCCUCAAUUUGCUCAAGGGGGCAUUUCCGGCUCGUUUGAAGUGUGUUUUCAUUGUGUCAUCACCUUUGUGGUUUCGAGCACCUUUUGCAGUUCUUCGCCUCUUUGUGCGUGAGAAGCUGAGAGAGAGGGUGUGCACAGUGAAAGCACAUGAGUUGGCAAGUCACAUCCCAGUCUCUUCUCUACCAGAGCACCUGGGUGGGACAUCCCAGUACAGCCAUGUGGCAUGGAUCCAGUCUUGUGUUAACAUACAUACAAACACUGAUCAGGGUGACACACAAGUGCAUGACACACAUGACUGUGUGGGAAGCCUGCUGCGCUCUUACAGUUUAGAGUGUAGCAACACAAGCGCAGGCGCUAACCUCUCCCACACUCAUAUAAAUUCUCAGUUAGGUUCCGAGUUAGCCGUGGCUAACUCCAACUGCUACGAUGAUAGCAAUGCUAACCCACACAACCACUGCGACAUGGUGGAGGGCAGGACUCGAGACCUAGGCCAGUACCAACAGAGCCCACUUUCUGCUGCCAACAGGCUGCAGGGAAACCACCAACACUGGAACGGCUCAGCAGUGAGUGGGGCUAGUCCCAAUGCUAACAUGAAUGGCCGUGGUCACCAAGCCCCGCCCCAGUCAGACACUCCUCCUGACACACCACUGUCUCAAAAAAGUGAAGGAGAUUUAAUGGAUGGUAAAACCACAGACUCUGGCCACAGAUCUCAGAAUGAGCAUGUAAAAAAGGAUGAAGAUGAUGGGGAGGCUGAGGUAGAGGAAGGGGUGCCUCCGCUGCCCCAGAAAUCUUUGCCUCGUCCCCCACAGUCUUCCUCCCAGUCACCACCCCUGUCGUCAUCGUGGGGUCCUGACGAUGAGGACCACUGCAUGGACAUGUCCAUUCACAUGCCAGAACAGGGAGGAAUGACAGUGCAUGACCUGGUGGAGCAUGUGAAGAGGAGGAAGAAGAAGGGGAUCUACCAGGAGUACGAGGAGAUCCGCAAGGAACCACCAGCUGGCACCUUUGACUAUUCCAAGAAACUGUCCAAUCAGAUAAAGAACAGGUACAGUGAUGUUCUCUGCCUGGACCAGUCACGAGUGCGACUCUGUCAGCUCUGUGAUGAUGAGGAUGAGACAUCAGACUACAUAAAUGCCAGUUUCAUGGACGGGUACAAGAGGAGCAACGCAUAUAUUGCUACUCAGGGUCCCUUGCCAAAAACAUUUGUUGACUUCUGGCGCAUGGUGUGGGAACAGAUGGUACUUAUCAUUGUCAUGACCACCAGGGUGGUGGAACGUGGACGUGUCAAAUGUGGUCAGUACUGGCCUCUAGAGGAGGGCAAGACUGAGCAGCAUGGGUACUUUUUGGUCAGGAACACACACAUCCAAGUGUUUCAGGACUUCAAACUCUCCCAUUUAGAACUCUACAACACACAGUCUGGAGAGAGACGGGAGGUGUUCCACUACCUUUAUGUGAGCUGGCCAGAUUUUGGAGUACCCAAGAGUGCUUCAGCUAUGUUGGACUUCCGUGAGCAUGUACUUCAGAGGCGGGAAGCUGCAGUCAAGAGUUUGGGCUCCAGCUGGACAGGGCCUCCAGGGGGACCUCCUGUGGUUGUCCACUGCAGUGCUGGCAUUGGCCGCACAGGCACAUUCUGUACACUGGACAUCUGCUUGUCGCGACUAGAGGACAUUGGCACGGUAGAUGUCCGUCAGACAGUGAGGCGGAUGCGUACACAGAGAGCUUUCAGCAUCCAGACCUGGGACCAGUACUACUUCUGCUAUACAGCAGUCAUCGAGUAUUCCCAGCGCCAUGGGAAGCUCAGCCCAGUGCAGUGGUCUGACUCGGACAUAGAGACUGACAGCGAGUGAGAGGCUCGUGGAGUGAUUGGAACACAAACUGGAUAACCAACCUAAGCCGAAGUCAUAGGAAUGAAAGAAUAAGGAAUGGUGCUGCAGAGGAGCUACACAGCUCUUCUACUGUAACAGAAAAGAAACAAAAGAUGGAGAUCUGGUUUUGGAUCCUCAUAUAACAAUGGAGACUCCCAUAGCUGCUCUUCCAUCAAGUGAUUGGAUAGAGAGGGAGAGGCGAAGAGCUGAAGAGAAAGUACAGGGAGUGAAGACUGUGUUGCAUCACUGAUUAAGCAAGCUGUCCUGUCAAUUUCCGAGCCCCUUUAUAUUUUGCAGAUUGCAGGGGACUUGGCCUGCCCUGAACCUGUCUGGUUGACAAGAGUGUUGUAUGAGUUGUAGCAUUUUUUUAUAUUGACUUGCACAUGAGGAAUGACAAACUUGAACUUUCCCCCUUAAACCCUCCAUACCCCAGUCUUUGUUCAUUUUUGUAUUUCUUGUUCCCUUUCAACCCUGAACAAGUAUGAGAUCAGUACUCACAGAUACAAUGUGAGGAAUGUGAAAGGGUGAAACUUGAAACUUUUUUUUGUAAUUUUUUAUUUUAUUUUAUUUUUUUUUUGAGAGGAAAUGGUUCUGUGUGAGCAAAUUGUCAUAAGCGACAGUACAUGAGUGUGUGAGCCAUUUAAUACAUUUCUUGUUUUACUUAAUUUCGAUAUGCUUGUUUUCUAUGGUGCAUUUUCUACGUGUGUCUCAUAUUUGUGCAUAUGUAGACUAACUUUUCAAAGCCAAAGUCCUCACCCUGAAUGCUUGGAUGUACACCUUAACUGAAAUAUUAGACUGAAGCCCAUGUAUAUUCUUGUAACAUACAUUUAUACAUUAUUGUGCAUCAUAACAACCUCUGAAAAAAGAGCAAACAAGCCUUGUUUAAUAUAAUUGACUGAACCUUGAGAAGAAAUGUCUAUGUAGCGAGCCAGGCCAUGACAACAUAUAGAUAAGACUUCUGGUGUUAAAACUGGUAUCAUAUUGCAAAUCUGUGAUUUGUCAGGUCUAACAACAUCUUUACUGUCAGAGCGUUCAGAUUGGACGAUCUUAAGAAAUUUGGCCUUAACUUGAUUCACUGCCUCGUCAUUCUCAGACCUAAGUCAUACCUGAAACUGUAAACUAUUUGAUUUUCCCUUUGAUUCUUCUCCUUCUGAAUCUUACUCCCUUAUCACCAGAACUUUUAUGUUUUAUUCUCGAGGCACACACUGCCUCAGAUAAUUGUGCCUUCAAGUUUUCAUUAGUGUAAUGUCUCACAGUCCAGCUAGUAUACUAAUAACACCCAAACUAUUGCACUUGCAUAGUACAUAGUAACUGUGUGCCACACAGGACUCUCACAUUUUGCCUAUAGUCCUGCACAUAGUACACAACAGGAAAGUAGUGAAGUAUCUGGACUGAGACAUGGCUAUUCUUUUAUCAUUUGACCUCAGGGGGUAAUUCUAGUGUUUUUUGCCUAGUGUCAAAGAUCUGUUUCUGGGUUUGCCUCUGUUAAAUUAUCAUUUAAAAUAAACUAUAUCUACUUUAUUUUGUAUUUUUUACUGUAUUGUAACCUACUAUAUUUAUGUCUUUGUAAACUUCUGCAAUAUUGAAAUCAGUGAAUGUUGGUACGAUGUACAAAUACAGCAAACCAAUUAUUGCAUUUGAUAAGCUGAACAAAUCAGAUGGGGAGUAAAAUAUAUUUUUCAUUGUUCACAAUGAAAUUUGGUGGAAAAUGUCACUUGCCAUUGUAUUUUCAGAACUGACUUGUAUAAAUGGUAAUUGUUCAAUUCUAGGGCUGUGGGGAAAUGAACAAUUAUGUUUUUAGAGAGCUUAUUGUAAAACUCUGAGGUAACAUUAACUUUUUACUGUCUGGUACCCAAUGCCAAGGACAAAGCAAAAAAGAGCUAUUAAGAGAAGAAGAAAAAAAUAAUAAUAAUAAUAAUAAUGGCUGCCAUUUUUGUUGACAAAAACCCAGUUUGGUGUCUAGGACAAAAAAGUUUUUAAAUGGGUUAAUCAGCAUGGAAAGAGAGCCUUGAAUGUUUAUGGGGUAAUGGUGUCCGAGCAAUUUAGUUAAGACAGAAGUGGGUUUUGGUGAAUGUGGACCCUGCAUCCCUCAAUGCCAAAGGCCCAGGCUCACCCUACAGAGUUUUCUUAACACACAUCCUCAACAGCCUACUAGCAUGGACCUACCAGUGCAGCCUUGCAUCCACGGACACAGAAAGACUCUGGAGCACCUCUGGAACAUUACUAAAGAUUACAUGUAGUUACAAAAUGCAAGAGUGUGUAUGUUACAAGAGCCUUCGUCCCCAUGCUACUUUUUAUUUGUUUUAUGAGAAACAAGGUAUGCAAUGUGGAUUUUGUUAUUGGUGUUCAUUUGUUUCUGUGUUUUAAGUUCUUGUGAUGGAAUUAUGGCCUUUUACAUGCUGUCAACCCAGCUGUCCCAUUAAAGCAAAGGUAUUACUUGGAA